GUCCUCCCGGCCGACCUUCUCUCGAAACCACGUCCUUCCUUGGGUGUGGUUCGGGAUCGUCGAGACGUCGUUUCUCAAUCGUCGACAAGUCGUGGAACUCGCGUUUCAAGCCGCUAAUCGGAUUUCCUUCGUCUUGAAGUCGCGGCCUGCGAAUGACGCUCGUUCUUCUGCAUUCGUGAUUUAUGUGCUCGCCAUAGGAACAAGAACGAUUGUGCAGUGCGAACGGACGAGUCGAACAAGUGCAAAGAGUGUACGGAUAGGAGAGGGAGAGAGAGAGAAUCAGAAAGAUUAACGAAGAGCGGGGUGAGAGCAACGACGACGUUCAUCGAUUCGUAUCGCGCUCUCACGGUUGCGUGCGAAACGCGACGGAAAAAGCGAGAGCCCCUCUCGCUGACGUACGUGCGUGUAUACAUGUACCUCCGCAGUGUCCGCAAAACCCGCAGUUCCGAGCAGUAUCGGGAAAGGAACUGGAAGUGAAACCGCGGCGCUAGCCCAAAGUUCCAAAGUUCUCCGUAUCGGAGAGAAGAAUUUCGCACACACACACACGAUUCGCGUGUUGACGGGCGCAACCUGGCGGUAACGAGCGACAAGGCUUCUGACUGGGUUGUACGUCGUCUGCUUCGACCUGGUGGUGGAGGCGGCGGUGGUGGUGGUAGUGGUGGCGGCGGCAGCAGCGGUUCUUUUACAAGAGGUUAUGUUGCUGCGGCUUCGAUGACGCUCCUCUGACAGCAGUGGCGGUGACGGUGGGACGGAGCAAGGGUGGCAACGGUCUCGUUGGGCAGUGUUGAAGUUGGCGCGAAGGGCAGAGAGGUCAGCUGUGAUCUGGCUUUGGUUGCGGUGGUAGCAGCGGAAGCGGAAGCCGCUGCAGUAUCGAAGACAGGGGGUGAGGAGGUGGGGCCGGGUGAGGCUGGUAGUAGUCCCGACUUUGCUAGGCGAAGACACAAAUUUUAUCCUUAUCCUCAUUUUCAUUCAUCUCCUUUUCCUUUACUUGUCACCUUGCCUUACGAGAGUAGUAAAUUCAGGGACGUUUGCCACUGGCCACCGGAAACGCUGUCGACGGCGUGACACCGGCUUUGCAGUUAGCCUUACUCCUCUCACAGAGAGUAGGCGUCGUAGACAGGAGCUACCGUCAUCCGUCAUUAUCGUAGAAAUUCUGAGCCCUCCUCGACGAGAGGUGGGAGCUCCAUCAAGCCCCUCUCGCACGCGCGACAUCCCAGUAUCUUGUACCCGUUAACGGGUGCUUAUAAGGCACGCGCGUCAUCUGCCAGACAUCAUGAACGAGCUUGAUAGCCUUCGUCAAGAAGCGGAGACGCUGAAAAAUGCCAUUCGGGAUGCCAGGAAAGCAGCAUGCGACACGACCUUGGCCCAGGCCACAUCAGGCAUGGAACCUAUCGGUCGCAUACAAAUGCGAACGAGACGUACGCUUCGUGGUCACUUAGCUAAAAUUUAUGCAAUGCACUGGGGAAGUGACUCGAGGAAUCUAGUCUCUGCAUCGCAAGAUGGCAAACUAAUCGUUUGGGAUAGUUACACUACCAAUAAGGUUCACGCAAUCCCAUUACGGUCAUCAUGGGUAAUGACUUGUGCGUACGCGCCCUCGGGUAGUUACGUGGCAUGCGGCGGAUUGGACAAUAUCUGUUCCAUCUAUAGUCUUAAAACUAGGGAAGGGAAUGUUCGAGUGAGCAGAGAACUUCCGGGUCAUACUGGGUAUUUAUCCUGCUGUCGAUUUUACGACGACAACCAAAUCGUUACCAGUUCCGGUGAUAUGUCUUGUGCUUUAUGGGACAUCGAAACUGGUCAGCAAUGUACUUCGUUCAUCGGGCAUACUGGCGAUGUGAUGUCUCUGUCGUUGGCGCCGGAUACACGCACCUUCGUGUCCGGUGCGUGCGACGCCAGCGCGAAGUUAUGGGACAUUCGUGAAGGCUCCUGUAAGCAGACCUUCCCGGGUCAUGAGAGUGACAUAAAUGCCGUCACGUUCUUCCCGAAUGGAUACGCUUUCGCGACGGGCUCAGACGACGCGACCUGCAGACUUUUCGACAUUAGGGCGGAUCAGGAGCUCGCGAUGUAUAGUCACGACAAUAUCAUUUGUGGUAUUACCAGCGUAGCUUUCAGCAGGAGCGGUAGAUUAUUGCUGGCGGGCUAUGAUGAUUUCAAUUGCAACGUUUGGGAUUCUAUGAAGACGGAGCGAGCUGGAAUUCUCGCUGGGCAUGACAAUCGCGUGUCUUGUCUCGGCGUGACGGAAGACGGAAUGGCGGUGGCGACGGGCUCCUGGGAUUCGUUCCUACGCAUUUGGAACUAACUUGGGGCUGUCCCAAGGACGUUCCUUCAAAGAACCAACUACAGUCAACCAAUUUACAGCAUAAGAAUCAAGUACCACCAUCUGACCACCGAGCAAGUCGGCGUGCCAGCAGCCACGACACUGGCAAACAAUUCGCCAGGUUCACCGGAGUUGACGCUGAUCAGAAACUUUGGAUACCGGAUUAGUAGCAGUAGCAGCAGCAACGGCAGUAGUAACAGCAACAAUAACAAUUACGAGCGUAUGAAGACCCAUGAUAACAGCGACAACAGCAAUGGCGGUGAUUUCAAGAACGUUUUGGGUUAUGGUGGUAAAAAAGAUUCCCACGGCAAGCGCAUCGUAGUUGACUUGACCUGGCGACGCAGUAAAGUCGGCGACAAGGACCACGAAUAUCAACGCUUCUAAGAAUUCUCGAGUUAGAUCAAAUACCAAGAUACAUUGCAGAAAAAGAGCGCGCGGCGAAGGAUGAGGCGUAAAAACGAAGAACAAGCGCCAACAACAAGGUCGACAGUUAACAACUCUGCGGCAUUGGGCGCAGACUUUCUUUUUAUCCUUCCCUUUUUCAAGGACUUUCUUCGCGAACCUUCGAGAUGCACGUGCUAGUUCACAACUUGAUAGUUCUUUUCCCACGGAGGCACUCCCAAUCGAGGAUUCCGAAGUUCGAAGGACGGACGACAAUCUCGCGCCGACGAUCGUCGAGAGAUUUCCAUCUCGAACCAAGGUUCAAGCGUUCACUGCCGAGGAAACGCUGUUAAUAUUUGCACCGGCGAUUAGCUACGAAUUACUUUUCCCAUGCGCAAAAUAAGAUUUUAUCGAGCAUGAUACGACAUGUAAUCGUAAUAAUGCGUCGCGACUCGGAGAUGAGAGACAAGCACAGUCAAGCUCAUAAUCCUAGUAAUGUUGCGUUCGAGUUUAUACGGCGCACAUUGAACGCACAUGUGUAUCGAUGGAGAUUCACAACGCGAAUGCCGUACACUUGCACGCGAAAACGGAGGAGCGGUGCGGAUCCAGCAGCCUCGAGACACAUCCAAGUCACACAUAACUCGUCACGCGAGCUUUGCCCUCGUUCAUGAGCACCGUCAAACGGAAGAGAGAGAGGAAAAGAGAGAGAGAGAGAGAGAAGCAUGAAAUGAGAUGAUCAUUUUUCUUAUCAUGAUAAAAUACGCCGACUUUGCACCACUACAAUUAUUACUAUUAUUACUAUUACCAGCACCACAACCCUCUCGAUUGAUUAAAUGUAUCGUUAUUUAUUUUGUAUAGAUUUCUGCCAUAAGCCGUUCUGCUACAUUUUUUGCGAGUAUGAGAGCGACUAAACACUUUGUAAAAGAGAUUGAGAGAGAGAGAGAGAGAGAGAGAGAGAGAGCUGUGAGAGCGUGAAAAUGAGAGCCAGAGACGCGCGGCCAAAUGUCAAUAAAAAAAAAUAAAAUAAAAAAACGCGCGGAUAAAUAAAAUGAGUGCUGAACAUAGAACUGGAACAUAGUUGCUCCUUUGAUAAAUAUUCGAUUCAUCGGGACGUUGACGUUCAUGGAAGAAUGCGAGAGGAGCAAUAUACUAAAGUUCGAGAGAGAGGGGGGAGGGAGGGGGAGAGAGAGAGAGAGAGAGUUUCAUUUGUUUGCAUCGCGACUGCGUUAUGAUUGAAAUACGAAAAUACGGGCCAGCAUGAAGUGUCGAGUUCGUUUAAUGUAAUGUGUAAUCGUUUAGUUCAUAGUGUCCAUACCUUAACCUCCUCUCCCCGCCCUUUGUCCAAUUAUCUCUAAUUACGGCAACGGCGAGAAGGAGAAGAAUUAAUCCCUGACUAUUGUCUCGGCGGUAUCUCUUCCCCACUGUCGAUUAAACGCCAAUAAAUCCUCGUGCACGAGGCAGGCACGUGCUCUCGAUCGAAAGAGUCGUGCUAAAAGUACCUUUGAAAUAGGACCCAAAGAAUCCCAGGUUAAUAGAAAAGGCCGCGAAAUUUUCUUUUCCUUAUUAUUACCUUUUUAAUACUUCGUUCUUAUUCACAUUUUGUUUAUCACGGCUUUUUUUUGUAAACAUGUAAGUACGUAAUUGUAUUUUUUCGAUAGCUUUUUUUUAUAACUUUCAUCUCCUGUCUAUAUCCCUCUUUUU